UGAAACGUCUUUUUCGGCGGUCUUUUUCGCAAACAAAGCGUGCUUUCUCUACUUCAGCUGCAAAUGCUACCAAAGUAGCUGUCCUUGGUGCCGCCGGAGGUAUCGGGCAACCACUUUCACUUCUUCUCAAGCUUAACGAAUCAAUAUCUCAUUUGUCUCUUUACGAUAUUGUGAAUGCACCUGGUGUUGCCGCUGACUUAAGCCAUAUCAACACCCAUAGCAAGGUCACUGGUUACGCCCCUGAUAACGAUGGUCUUAAACAUGCAGUCACAGACGCUACAAUAAUUGUUAUUCCAGCUGGAGUUCCUCGUAAACCUGGCAUGACUCGUGAUGAUUUGUUUAACACUAAUGCAGGAAUUGUUAGGGAUUUGGCUACAGCUGCUGCACAAUAUGCACCUAACGCGUAUAUGGCUGUCAUAUCGAAUCCUGUUAACUCUACUGUGCCAAUUGUCUCGGAAAUAUUCAAAAAACAUAAAGUCUAUGAUCCAAAAAGAAUUUUUGGUGUUACGACGUUGGAUAUUGUUCGAGCUUCUCGUUUCGUAUCCGAAUUGAAGAGUACUGAUCCUAAAAAUGAGAAUAUCGUAGUAGUUGGUGGACAUUCUGGUGUGACCAUCAUCCCCCUUAUAUUUCAAUCUGGCUCGAAAUUCACAGAUGACGAAUUGAAAGCUCUAACGCACAGAAUACAAUUCGGUGGUGACGAAGUGGUUAAAGCUAAAGCCGGAACUGGUUCUGCAACACUUUCCAUGGCUUUCGCAGCUGCUCGCUUCACCAACUCUCUACUUCGAGCACUAAAAGGUGAGAGUGGUGUCAUUGAGCCUGCUUACGUGAAAUCUCAUUUAUUUGAAUCUAAGGGAAUAGAUUAUUUCGCGUCAAAUGUCGAAUUAAGUCGUGAGGGUGUGGGUAAAAUUCACGAUUUAGGUCCAUUAAGUCAAUAUGAAAAAGAGCUCUUAGAAGCUGCUUUACCUGAAUUAAAGAAGAAUAUCGAAAAAGGGGUUGAUUUUGUUCAUAAAUAA